GUUGACACCAGCCGAAUUGUUCAUAUCCAUUCUGUGAUCAUCCUGCGCCGCUCAGAUAAGAGAAAAGACCGUGUGGAAAUUUCACCAGAGCAGCUUUCAGCUGCUUCUACUGAAGCAGAGAGGUUGGCUGAAAUAACGGGACGUCCCAUGAGAGUUGUGGGCUGGUAUCACUCUCAUCCUCAUAUUACUGUCUGGCCAUCGCAUGUGGAUGUCCGCACACAAGCUAUGUAUCAGAUGAUGGACCAAGGUUUUGUAGGGCUUAUCUUUUCCUGCUUCAUUGAGGACAAAAAUACAAAGACAGGCAGGAUUCUCUACACCUGUUUCCAGUCCAUUCAGGCCCAGAAGAGCUCAGAAUAUGAAAGGAUUGAAAUUCCUAUUCAUGUUGUCCCCCAUGAAACCAUUGGGAAAGUGUGUCUGGAAUCAGCUGUAGAGCUGCCCAAGAUCCUUUGCCAGGAAGAGCAAGAUGCCUACAGGAGAAUUCACAGCCUCACCCAUCUAGACUCCGUAACCAAGAUUCAUAAUGGCUCAGUGUUCACAAAGAACCUCUGCAGCCAGAUGUCAGCCAUCAGUGGGCCGCUCCUUCAGUGGCUGGAGGACAGACUAGAGCAGAACAAACAGCGGAUGCAGGAGCUGCAGCAGGAGAAAGAGCAGCUUCUGGAGGAGCUAGCUGCUUUAGAGUGAAGGAGGAAAUGCAGACCCUUCAGAAAAGAGACGCAAAAAAAAACUCUACAAGAACUACUCCUGGCUGAAGGGUGGUCUUCCAUUGCCUUACAGUGAAGAUACUAGCUGUGCCUCUUCUCUUGCCCCAUGCGGCAAAGAGCCCUUCUACAGGAUAAGGGCUUUAUCUGCCCCAGCUUGAUGGAAAGCAGCGGUAUCUCUCCAGGUGCUGCAUGACACAGCGCCGUUCUAGCUC